UUCAUAUGGAAACUUCAUUUGAUAAAAUCUGCUCUCACGAGAAUAUAUAGUUUCUUUCCAUAAUUACUGUUUGGGAAAUCUUGAUUUUGUGGCUGGGGAUAGGAUUGAGACCAAGUUUUAGCCUUCUUUCUUACCAACUUUUCAUGACAAUCCCAAACAAAUAUAAUGUCUAAUUUGCUCAGUCAGAUAGACAGCAUUUGUGAAGAUACCAUAGUAACCGUCUCCGAUAUUUCUUUGCCUUUCUGUCAUAUGUAUGUGUGUGUGUAUACACCAAAACCUAUUACAAGUGAUUCUCACACCCAUCAGUGUCCGAGUACAGACUGCAGAGUCCACAAUGGCAUGUAAUAUGAAUCCUUCUCUGGCAUUCUCUUUUCUUGUUCUUUCUUCCAUCCUCCUCUUGCCGCCCCGUAACCUUAUCAUCACCUUCUGCAGAGCAGAAUCUGAAAUUGAUGAUGAAAGUGCAUUUACGUAUACGAAAGGAACUGAUAGGGGGCCUGAGAAGUGGGGCCUGAUUAAUCCAGAAUGGAAGGCCUGUGGCCAUGGAAAGAUGCAAUCUCCCAUUGAUCUGCUCAAUCGAAGAGUCGAGGUCUGGUCCAGUCUGGGCAAACUGAAAAGGGACUACAAACCAGCUCCUGCAACUCUUGUGAAUCGGGGGCACGACAUUAUGGUAACAUGGGAAGGGUACGCUGGAAAGAUUAAUAUAAAUGGAACUUAUUACAAUCUUCGACAGUGUCACUGGCAUUCCCCAUCCGAGCAUACUUUGAAUGGGUCCAGGUACAACUUAGAGCUUCACAUCGUUCACGAAAGCUCCGAUGGGAAGGUAGCUGUCAUUGGGAUUCUCUAUAAGUAUGGCCGACCAGAUAGAUUUCUCACGAAGCUAUUCCAUCACAUAAGUGCAUUCGGACAUGGAAAAAACAAGCAUGAUGACGAGGGUCACGAUGGGCAUGAAGAAAAGGACCUUGGAAUCGUUAAUCCCGGAGAGAUCAAGUUUGGAAGCAGGAAAUAUUACAGGUAUAUGGGGUCUCUAACAGUCCCGCCAUGCACCGAGGGAAUUGUGUGGACGAUCAGCAAGAAGGUGAGGACAGUCUCUAGGGAGCAGGUGAACGUAUUAAGAGAAGCCGUUCAUGAUGGUUUUGAGGCUAAUGCGAGGCCCACUCAGAAGCCACAUGACAGAAAGAUUUCGCUAUACUCCCCAAGGGCGAUUAGAGGUCCUGCUUAGGAAGCAGUAAGAUCGACGGCGAUGAUCCCGGUAUCCUUCUUGGAUAUCAAUCUUUCUGCCCUUUCAGUUUCACCACAUAACGCGUCCUAACCUUCUUCUCUCACGGCGUACGAAUGUGCCAGUUAGACGAAGAGAAGACAAACAUGUUGCUCUGCAUCCCCUAUCUUGUGUUGUCACUGCAUCUUUGUCGAAUUUAUCAUUAUAGACUCUGUUCGGUGUAAUAGAUUGUGUUCAGUGUCCUACCGCGUUUGUUGUCAAGACUGCUAUUGUGGAUGGCGAAAAUUCAUGCGAGGGAUCACAUUUAGCUUCCCGUUGCGGUAUUAGAGUUAAAAUAAUAACUCGUAGGUCAUUGAAACCAAGCAAAUGCCGAAGGGA